AUGGCUCGGGACAUGUCUGAUAAGGACAUCAUGAAAAUGGAGCUGGAGCAGCUGCAGGUGGAAGUUAACAACACCCGGAUUGCAAUUUCAACAACUGCCCCUGAGAUUAUCUCCUUUAUUGAGGCCCAGUCUGCAGAAGACCCUUUAAUCAAAGGAGUUCCUGAAGACAAGAACCCCUUUAAGGAGAAAGGAGGUUGUGUUAUUACAUAG